CCGGAAGUCUCCUUCUCAGGAAAUGCGGUUGCUUCACCCUAGUUCCGAGGAACAUUUUGUUCCGGGCCGUAAACUCUGAAUCGCCGGCUUGGUCGCCGUGGUCACUUUUGUUUUGCUUUGGUGCCGUCGCUAUGAUUCCACUGCCCCUGGUGGUCUGCGUGCUCGGGGGUUGGUGCGCCAUAUACAUAGCCGACACGGUACUGAAGUCAUCUUCUCUGAAAGAGCCUUAUGAGGAAUGGCUUGUAUCCUAUGGACUGUCAGUCUCUCCAUUCCAUGUGCGAUGGCAGACAACUUUUUUAAACCGCCUUUUCUACACAUGGGGAAGAUGGAAGCCAAGAUUUCUUUAUCUCUGGUUUAACAUAGGGAUGGUUUUUGGCAUAGCAGCUAUGUUUGGUUCCAUGGUUCUGCUUGGGAAAACAUUGACACAGACUCUGUCACAAAUGUUAACUGAAAACCCUGCAAGUCAAAGUGAUCAAAUGCUGCAGGUUGUGGUACCGGGUGUAAACCUUCCCAUCAGCCAGCUGUCCUAUUUCUUCACAGCAAUCCUCAUCAGUGGUGUUAUACAUGAAGUUGGUCAUGGAGUGGCAGCUAUUAGAGAGCAAGUCCGGUUUAAUGGCUUUGGAAUUUUUAUAUUUAUUGUCUAUCCUGGAGCAUUUGUUGACCUAUUCACUACUCACUUACAACUAAUAUCUCCCAUUCAGCAGCUAAGAAUAUUUUGUGCAGGUGUCUGGCAUAACUUUGUGCUUGGUGUUGCGGGUAUUGUCUUCCUUUUCUUUCUACCUGCUAUUCUUUACCCAUUUUAUUACACUGGUGCAGGAGCACUUGUUACUGAAGUCUCUCAGGAUUCUCCUGCUAAUGGUCCUAGAGGUCUUUUUGUUGGUGACCUUGUCACUAGUCUGCAAGAUUGCUCAGUUUAUAGUGUGGAAGACUGGACUGCCUGCCUGGGAAAGAUUUAUCAGAAGCCACAAAAUGGCUAUUGCAUAAAAUCAUCAAUACUACACCAGCUAAGCUUCUCAACUAGAGGCUUUAAAAGACUUGAUGGCACUGUUGAAUGUUGUAACAACAAUAGCCUUACAGAUAUCUGCUUUUCAUACAGUAAUAAUAUGAACAGCCAGAUGACCCUGUAUGCUUGUUUGCCAGCCCGGAAAACUAUUGAGGACAGUCAGCUCUGCCAAACAAACAAAGAUUGCCGAAAGGAUUUUAUCCCAAAUACGUGUGUGACGCCUUCCUUGGAAAAUCAUACCAGGCUCAUAAGAGUGAAGCAUCCUCCUCAAAUUGAUAUGCUGUUUGUUGGUCAUCCACUGCAUCUCCAAUAUACAGUGAGCCUCAGCAGCUUUGUACCUCGAUACAGCUUUCUAACUUUGGACCUUCCUUUAAUAAUGGAAACAUUUUGCAAAUACCUGAUUUCACUCUCUGGAGCACUGGCUGUUGUUAAUGCAAUUCCUUGUUUUGCUUUGGAUGGUCAAUGGAUAUUGAAUUCUUUCUUAGAAGCUACUGCUAGCAAAUUUAUUGUUGAAAAGCAAAACAGGGAGCUUCUUGGCUUCUUAAUUUUACUUGCUGGCAGUGCACUCUUGGCUGCUAAUGUGGCUCUAGGAUUCUGGGUUGUGACAGCACGAUAACAUAAUAGCACAUUUUGAUAUCAUUUAUUAUGCUGGUACAGAAAACAUUGAAAUAUAUCACUUUCCAAAAUGACAGUUGGGUGGGUCAAUGGAAAGAAAAAUGGCUUUACUCUUUUAAGAAUGUGCCCUUGGAUUCCUUCAAACACAUCUUUGAAGUCCUCUGACCCUGCCACUUGACCAUACUCAGCAUUUUUUAUAGAGGCUCCUAUGGCUUCAGAGUCAUUAUCAGGAAAUGGUGUUCAGAACUCAGUGAUUUAUUCUGCAGUUCAUUUGAUUUCAUGUUAAAGCCAAAAGGAAGAAAAUUGGACACUGUUGUUACUUAGUAAACUUUGACAUGUUAGGAACAAUGUGGAAGGGUGAGAGAAUAAUAGAAAAGUGUGACAUAUCCCUAGUUUUGGUUUGGCAUUAGUCUCCCUAAAUCAUCUAAACAUUGUUCCCACACUGAGAAAUAGAUGAAAUCCUGCCCCCCCCUCCAUAAGACUCUCAUCAAAUGACAUUUGCGAAGAUAGAAAUGGUGAAAGCCAAUCUGCACCUUUAUAAUUCCAAGAGUCAUUAGAAAAGUGGCUUCAGUUUUAAACAUUCUGAUUGGUUCACUAGGUUCAGUGAAUCAUACAUAGAAUGUUAUUCUUGAUUGGGUAAAGCAAUGGUAUGCUUUUCUCCUACCUUUAGCAACUUUUCUUCAAUUUUAUCAAAGUUAAUGAUAAAUGGAAGACUGCCAGUUUGAAAUAAAUCUCUUCUAUAGCUAUUGGUUUCAUUAUCUACCUGACCACAAGGUUAUACUGCUAUCUUUUGUGUAUUUGAAUUGAUAGUACUGGACUUUGGAGAGGAAGACCCCAAGCACUUAUUUCUGUUUUCCUGGAGCUGGGGUAAAGAAAGAAAGCUAUCCUAGAAGGGUAGAGAACUGAAGGGGACAACAGUCAUGUGUCAAAAAGUUCAGCCUAGCUGGUGGCUUCCUAUUAUAAUUAACUUUUGCUACUAAAUUUCCCUGCGGUUCCGUUGCCACUUUAAAGAAGAAAUUAUACUGUAAGGUGACCACAACCAUAGGGAUGGAGUGUUGAGAUUGCUGAAAUUUUUAAGUGAAACAACAGAAGGGCCCUGGGGGUGUGGAGGAGAAGUGAGAGUGUUAAAUAAAUAUGAUUGCCAAACUAUGUUUUAGACAGUUGACUUGGGGGUGACUUUCCUUUUAAUGCAAAAUCAAAGUACGGUUUGGGGAUUCAGGGUAACUUUGACGUAUUUAGGACAGUGAACGGGCUGCUUUCUAUGAAUGUAAACAGUUUAUUUAUGAAUUGAUUUCUGUUUUAUUAUCAUACCUGUAUACUUCCAAAU